GGCAACCAGAAAGAUGAGAAUGAACCAAUCUUCGAGAAUGUUGAAAAACUCGCCGAGGAACUACUCAAAGAUCCCAAAUCCAAGGACAAGAGUCAAGUGGAGGCUGUGGUUAAGAAUGUCAAAAAGAAUUGGAAGGAUCUUGAGGAUGCUCUGAAGAAACGAAACCAGCAGCUUGGCGAACGUGAAGACGCCCAUGCAGAGUUCAGCAAGUGUGUUAAAGCCACUGGCGAUGAGUUAGAUAAGAUUGAACACAAGGUGGAUCAUUUGAAGCCUGUCACCAGAGAUGUGAAGAAACUAGAUGACCAGAUUGAUGAGCAAAUGCCCAUCCAGAAAGACAUUGAUGACCUCAAACCCAAAGUUGAUGAAGUCCAGGAACUUUGUAAAGCUCUUGAUGCCCUCACCAAGCCAGAUGAAGAGAUGAAGGCUGUUCCAGAACGACUGAGGUCGAGAGAUAUUGGACCUGAAAAACCAUCAGAAAAGAAACACCCAGCUGGUAGACGACUGUCUGAUCGGGUUGUACCAAGUGACCUUCUCACUGGACCAUCAGAAUCUCAGAAAAAGACAAAUGAUGUCGUUGGACGUUACAGUACCUUAGCUGAUAAGUUAGCAGACCGACAGAAUGAGUUGGCCAAGACACGAGAUCUCAUGAAGGGAUUGACCGAUAAGACUGAUAAAUUACAGCCGAUACUGGAAUGGGUUGAAGAGGUCAAAGAGCAACUGCGAUCACAAUCACCUGUGAGUCAGGACGUCUCCCCAGUUACUGCACAGCUUGAUGAUCAAAAGAAACUUGCUGAUGACAUCACUGAUCACAAGUCUCCAGUGGCCGAGUCCACCAAGUCAGCUGAAGAGUUCUUGAAAGAAAACAAAGACAAACUGAAACCAGAAGAAAUUGCAGACUUGCAGAAACUAAUAGAUGAUGUAAAAGAUGGAUAUGAUGAUGUCAGUGACAGGUCACAUGACAGGUUGAAACAACUGCAAGAGACACUUGAUAGGCUGCAGAAAGAGGAAGCUGAGAAAGCCGCAUUGGAUGAAAAGUUCACAGAACAGAACUCAACAAUUCAAGACAUGCUGCAGUGGGUGACGGAGACUGAAACCAAACUUGGAGAGCAACAACCAAUGAAAGAAAUACCCAAACAAUUAACAGAACAACUCGAUAAGAACAAGACAAUCCAAGAUGAUGUUACCGAUCACCAGCGACCUGUAAUAGUAACUCUGCAGGCAGCUCAAACCCUGUUAGCUACAGAGGGCAGCAAACUUGAAGAACCACAGAAGAACAAGCUAGAAGAAUGUGUGUCUGGUCUGAAGACUAGGUACGACGUGCUCAUCAUCCAAACUGAAACUAGAGUUAAACGUCUGAAGACGUCAGUCGAGGAAGUCAAAAAGUUUGAGGUCGAGUCGUCGACUUUCACAGAAUGGCUGACUCAAUGUGAGAAGGCACUGGAUAAACUUAUUUCUGAUGUCGGGAAGGACCGAGAUGUCUUGAAGGACCAGAAUAAAGAGUUGAAGACAUUCACAGAGGAAGUCAUCGACCACAAAGCCGAUCUGAAGUUUAUCAAUAUGUCUGGUCAUCAAUUCUUAGAAACCGCCAAGGAAUUCAAGAAGGACUUGGCUGACUUCCGCAACACCAGUCUACCAAAGCAACAAGCUAAAGACUUUGUGGAAACUCCAGAAACCAGCAUCACAAAGAACAGACUGACUGACAUGAACGACAGGUAUAACAAGCUGAAGGCCAAGGGUACACAGCAUACUGAAACCUUGAAGGAUCUUCUGGACAAGCACCAGAAGUAUCAGGGCACUCUGGAUGACCUGCUACCGUGGUUGGAGAAAACAGACGCAGAAAUGACGAAAUUGAUGAAAGAGUCGAUUGGUGCUGAACCUGAUCUUGUCCAAUCUCAGAUUGAUAAACUCAAGGCACUUCAAGAUGAUAUCAACAGCCACAAUAGAGAUGUAGAAAAAUUAAAAUCUAAUGGCAAAGAAAUAAUAGAGACACAACCAGAAAUGAAGGAAGAAGUUGAGAAAAUGCUUGAUGAAGUGAGUGAUAAAUACAGCAAAUUAGAGACACAAGCCAAGGACAGAAACAAUGCCUUGCAGACUGCCCUCACACAGUCUCAGAGUGUCCAGGAUGGAUUGGAUGCUCUUCUCAAUUGGCUGGAUGAGUUUGAACCCAAAGUGGACAAUCUGGAAUUCCAUACUCCAAUGAUUGUACAGAAGGAGGAACUCAGAAACAUCAUGCAAAAGCAAAAGCUGUUGUACAGUGAACUUGGAAGUCACAAACCAAGCAUUGAGACAGUAAACAUGUCGGCAACAAAACUCAUCACCGUCAGUGAUACUUCUGUCGCACACGCAGUUCAAGAAAAGUUGGACGAUUUGCACAGUCGAUUCGGGAAAGCAUCUGACACCGUUAGUGAGUGUGGAGAGUAUUUCCAGAGUCUGCAUGAUCGAUUGAACGACUUCUUAGAUGAGGUGGACAAUCUAGAAGACUGGCUCAUCCCAACGUUGGAAACACUGGACUCCCACGAGAUGGACAAGAUGGAAUUGCUUCAGCUUGGAACCCAACUUCUGGAAGUGGCUAGUGAGACCGAGGACUACAAACCAACUUUCAGCCACAUCAAAGAACUAUCCCGUGAGUUGAUUACUGACCCCCAGGCUGCAGACACCUCUAAAGUCUCUGAAGUUGUAGAGAAUGUAAAUAAAAACUGGCAGGCAUUACAAGAUGGCAUCAACAAGAGAAAUAAACAACUUGAUGAAAGACAGAAAGCACAUGAGAAGUUUAUUGCUGCUAUCAGAGAAGCGUCAGAUUUCUUGGAUGCUGUAGAGGACCGUGUUGGUGAUCUGGAGCCUGUUGCUAAAGACAUCAAAACACUCAAAUCACAACUUGAGGAACAACAGCCAAUCAAAAAUGAACUAGAAGAUUUGAGGCCAGACAUUGAGAAUGUCACUGAACUUGGUCUUGAGCUGGAGGCACUCAAUGCUGUAGUACCUGUUGUAUUAACACCUGCAGAGAAGGAAGCAGCUAAACCAAAGCGAAGCUCAGAAAUUGUCUCACCAGAAGAUGAAGAGGUUGCUAAGAAACCAGAAGAACGAAAGAGAAUCAGGAGGAUGUCUGACCAAGGCGUGCCAAGUGAUUUCUUACAAGAACCUUCUGACGUGACAAAGCAAGUCACGGCUGUCAACGACCGUUUCGAUAAACUGAUCAAAGCAUUGGAUGAUAGGCAGAAAGAAUUGGAAGGAAGUCUUGGUUUGGUAUCAGAGCUCAACGACAAGACUGGGGCCGUACAAGGCUUGCUCGACUGGGUAAUAGAUAUGGGCGAGAGGCUGGAGUCUCAAGAACCAAUCGCAAGUGAACUUGAACCAGUUACCGAACAAUUGAACGAACACAAGCCUCUCGUUGAUGACACUGCCGAGCACAAGCAACCGAUUACUGAUGCCCUGAAAGCGGCUGAGCAGUUCUUGACAGACAACCAAGAUAAAUUAACAGCCGAUCAGAAAGAAGACUUGCAGAAGAAAAUCAAUGAUUUGAGAAAUGGCUUUGAUGAUGUAUCUUCGAAGGCUAAGGAAAGGCUAAAAGAUCUGCAAUCAACGCUUGCGCAGCUUGAAAAAGAAAAAGCUGAGAAGGAUGCCGUCCAAAAGAAGUAUGCCGAGGAUGCCGCAGCGAUUCACGAUUUGCUGGAGUGGAUUGUAGCAACAGAGAAACGACUUGGAUUCCAGCAGCCGUUGCUAGAGGAAAUAACACCAUUAUCUGACCAACUGAAGGAAAACAAGAAUGUAUAUGAUGAUGUCAACACUCAUCAACAACCAAUUCAGCAAGCUGUGAGAAACGCAGAGAAACUGAUUGAUACUAAAGGAAAGAAAAUACCAGAAGACGACAAAAGCAGGCUACAAGUAAACAUCAAUGAAUUGACGACACGCUACGAAGUUCUCACAACGCAAUCCACUAUGAGAGUCAAAAAACUCAACACCGCCGUGGAUGAAUUAGAAAAGUUCACCGAUGAAGUGGUUCCGUUUGAGGAAUGGCUCGCAGCCACAGAAGAUGCGUUGAUAAAAUUCUCGACUAACAUUCCCAAAGAGUCUGACAAACUUAAAGACCAACGAGAAAACCUGGUUGAUGUAGAAGAAGAUAUCAUCUCUCACAAAGCAGAGCUCCGAUUUGUCAAUAUGUCAGGUCAAAAGUUCAUGGAGAACAGCAAGGAAUACAAGAGUGAACUGUCAGAAUUCCGAACCAACAAGAUCCCGAAAUCUUUCACUAAAAAUUUCACUGAGGCACCAGAGACUAGCCUGCUUAAAAACCGAGUGAACGACAUCAAUGAACGAUACAAGAAACUGAAAACCAACUGCAAGGACCUUGUGAGCAAAUUGAAGGCGAUUGACAACAAGGGGAAGAAAUACCAAGAAGCUCUGGAUAAUGUGUUGCCAUGGUUGCAGCAGACAGAGGAGGAGUUGAAAAAGGUUUUGGAAGAACCAGUCGGUGCAGAGCCAAAGGUGGUUCAAAAGCAAGUUGACAAGGUCAAGGCAAUGCUGAGCGAUUUAGCGACACACGGCAAAGACGUUGAGAAAGUAAAAGAUACUGGAAAAGAUUUGAUUGAGAGUCAACCAGAACGUAAAGACGAAGUACAGAAUACAACAGAUGAUACUGAAGAGAAAUACAAAGAUCUUAUCGCCAUGGCAACGGAUAGAAGUAACACUCUACAGACUGCAUUGACGCAGUCUCAGGGCGUACAAGAUGGAAUCGAGGCUUUACUAACAUGGUUGGACGACACUGAAAAGAAACUUGAUAAGAUCACUGAAUCGCCCAUUGACGCUAAAAAAGAUUCAUUGGUGGACAAACAGAGCGAAAUCAAGGUAUUGCAAUCUGAUCUUGAUAGCCACAAACCGAGCGUUGACGCCAUUAAUAAGUCAGCUAGCGAGUUGAUCAAAGACAGUGAGCCGUCGGUCGCCAGGGUGGUCAAAGACAAACUUGAUGACCUCAACAAAAGAUUUGGUGAUGUCUCUGAUAAAACCAAAGAUCAUGGUAAUUACCUUCAAGGUGUCCAAGAAAAACUGGAUCAUUUCUUGGAGAAGGUUGAUGAACUGGAAGACUUUGUGUUGCCGACGCUUGAAACAUUGGAAUCGAAAGAUCUGGCUACCAUGGAGCUGUUGGCUCUCGGUAGCAAGUUAUUGGAAAUCUCUGCCAACUUAGAUGAAAACCGUCCAAAGUACACUGAUAUCCAGAAGCUUGGUGAGGAGCUGGUAAAAGAUCCUAAACUCUCUGAUACCUCUCAAGUAAAAGAUGUUUUAGAUAAUUUGAACAAAAACUGGAGCUCGCUAGAAGAUCUAUUAGAUAAGAGGAACAAACAACUGAACGAUAAGCAGGCUGCUUAUGAGAAAUACAAUGACGCGACUAAAGCUGUCUUGGAUUGGUUGGAUGGAAUGGAGAAAAAGGUUGAAGAGUUGAAACCUGUUGCUGUGGAUGUAGAAUUAUUGAAGCAAGAACUCGAGGGCUUGAAGCCAAUCAGCGAUGAUCAUGGUAAAUACCACCCUACGAUUGAAGAAGUCAACGACCUUGGCAAUGCUAUCAACAAGCUCAACCAGGAGGAUGAUGCUCCCUCUCCAACUGCAUCUCCAAGGAAACGAUCUCGAGCUGCCAUAUUAGCCGCUCAGCAAGGUAGUCCCGAGAAGAAACUAGGAAGACGUGCAUCAGAUCAACUUGACAGCGCUCCAUUUGCCACUGAAGAAACAUCAGAAGUACAGAAGCAACUGAACCAAAUCAAUGAUCGCUAUGAUGACCUCGGUGAGAAAUUGAAGGACCGUCAACAAGAACUUGACAGCAACUUUAAGAAGUCUGACCAUCUGAAGGAGGAAAUGAAAGAGUUAAUGGGCUGGAUGGACAAAAUGGAGGCAGACAUUGACAGUCAAGAACCUGUUGCAGCUUCUGCUGACGAUGUCAAGAAACAGCUCAAACAACAGAAGGCACUUCAAAAAGAUUUGGAUGCCAAAUCUGGCAAAGUUGAUGACAUGAAGGCACUUGGAGAAGACCUGCUCAAAGAUAAAGAAAAUGCCCCAGGGGCUGAAGAGAUCAAGAAAGACCUCAAGGAACUUGAUGAUAAAUACAAAGAGUUGCAGAAAAAGGCUGCAGAUCGCCAACAGGAAUUGGACGAUGCCUCCGGAAACCUUGGUGACUUCGAAGAGGCAUGUAAACGUCUCAAGAAAUGGCUGGGGCACAAGGAAAAGAUCAUUGGUGUACUUGGAUCGCUAGCUGCCGAAGUGAUGAUACUCCGAAGCCAGAAACAACAAAUUGAGGUUCUGCUUGAUGAGUUUGACUCCAAUGACUAUCAACUUGAAGAUGUUAAUAAAGCUGGUCAACCAAUUCUUGAUAAGCUAUCGCCGGAGGAACUUGAAUCCUCACCCGUCAAAGCACAGCUGGACGAACUAAACAACAAAUGGAAUGACCUGAAAACAAGCAUGCAGGAGAGAUGCAAGAAAAUCGAAGAAACGUUAAUUGAGAGCGAGAAAUUCCAUGAUGCCUUACGAGAGAUGCUCGACUGGUUGUCAGAUAUCAAUGGUAGAUUCAAGAAUCUUUCCCCGGUCAGUACCAAUCCUGCGAUUGUUGACAGACAAAUCCAAGAAACAAAGGACCUGCAAGAGGAAGUUGAUAGUAAGAAACCAUCCAUUGUUCUGAUGCAUGAGAAAUACAACAUUCUGAUGGAUCUUGUAGAUGAACCAACUGCUAAAGCCGACUUGAAGAGGAAACUUGAUGCUGUUGUCAAACCGUAUGAUGAAUUGUGCCAGAAACUUGAUGAGCGUCUCGGUAAACUACAAGCUGCUCUACUACAAUCCAAGGACUUUGAAGAUUCAUUUGCUGACAUAUUAAAAUGGUUGGAUGGGAAAGGAAACGAACUGGUCAGUGCUGAACCAGUACAUGCCCUCCCAGAUAAAGUCAAGGAGCAAGUCAAACAACACGAGCCGGUUGUGAAAGACAUCAAGCAACAAGAACCAUCUUAUGAACAAGUCGCUACUAAAGCCCAGAAAAUGCUUCUAGAGGCACAACCAGGUCCAGAAUAUGACAGUUUGAAAGACAAAGUGGAUGAUCUGAAAUCAAAAUGGGACGAUGUGAACACCAAGUCAAAGGACAGACAAGAUAAACUGAAAGAUGUGGACAGUUGCGCUGAUAAAUACAACAAUGAGAUGAAGAAGAUGUUGCCAUGGUUACAGGAAGCAGAGGAAAAAUUGUCAACACAGGCACCAGUCAGUUUGGAGUUGGAUGAGGCAAAGAAACAGAAAGACGAUGCCAAGGCUCUGAAUGAUGAUGUGGCCGCACACAAAGCCAUUCUUGAUAAACUCAACCAGGUUGCUGACAAACUGGUGGAUGCAUCAGAAACGGGAGGAGACGAGAUCAAAGACGCUGUCAAGGAGAUUAAUGACCGAUUUGACACACUCAACAAAGGAGCAGCUGAGAGGAAAGAUGAGAUAGACAGUCACUUGAAGGCAUUGCAGGAGUUCAAUGAUGCAGUGAAAAAUGCCAGUGAUGCUCUCGGUAAAUGUGAGGGCAUUUUGGCAGAUCAUGAUAAACUUGGAGAUGAAAAGAAAGAUAGUAAACACCUGGAUAAAAUUAAAGACUUGCUAGCUGAAGUAAAUAAAAUCAAACCCAAAGUGGACAAAGUUAAAGAACUUGGGGAUAAUGUUAUUGAUAAAGCACCAGAAGAAGUUGAUACAACACCCAUUCAAGAAGAAGUUGAUUUCAUUGCUGGUCGUCUUGAUCUUUUGAAAACUGCCGUGGCUGAGAGACUGAAAGAUCUGGAGACUGCUUCUGAGGAGGUUGAUCUUUUCCAGAAUAAGUUGCGAGAUCUUCAGUCCGAUAUGAGUGAUUUGGAGGAAAGGUACGACCAGUGCAAACAUGUGGCCAGAGAUGAAGAUACCCUCAGAAAACAAAUUGAUGAAGUUAAGGAACUUCAAGACUCGCUAAGAAAACGAAAAAAGGACAUCGAUAAAGAAGAAAUCACUUUACAAGAUCUCAUCACUAAAGGAUUCACUGCGGAACCCGAGAAACUCAAAGAGCAGAAGAUUGCAGAUAUGAGAAAACAGAUUGCUACUCUAAAGAGGAGAUGGAACCGACUGAACGAUCGCACUAAUAGUCGUAGCGAUGAACUUGACAUGACGUUGGAGAGAGUGCGAGAUUUCUACCAGAAGCUGGAUGAGGUAUGCGAUGCAUUGGAUGCAGCAGAAGACUCCAUGCGAUCAUACAGACCUGUUGGUGCCGAUGUCGACACCAUCAAAUUACAACAAGCUGACUUCAAGAAAUUCCACAAGGAACACAUCGACCGUUUGUCUGGCAAUGUCGGCGACACCAACAAAGCUGGUCAGGGUCUAGUACAGAGCGCCUCUACAGGUGUUGAUACAUCAAAGAUUGAGAAAGACAUUGAAGAAAUGAAUGAACGCUGGAAUAAACUCAGUGUGGAGGUGUCUGAAAGAGACAACAAGUUAAGUGAUUCAUUAUUGCAAUGCGGUAAAUUCUCUGAAGCUCUGCAGUCUCUACUCGAUUGGUUGGAAGACACAGAGGAGCAUUUAGCGAGUCAGAAAGACCCCUCAGCUGACUACAAAGUAGUCAAAGCUCAGUUGGAUGGUCAAAAACUUCUUGACAAACUGAUUGCCGCAAAGAAGAACAGCGUUGAUUCUGUGAAGGACAUGGGGGAGAAGGUAAUGGCUAGCAUGGAUACUGACGAAAAAGAAACAAUUCGUGAACAGUUGGAUGAUCUGCAAACUAGGUGGGAUGCUCUGAAUGAUCUCGCUGAUAAACGACGCAAGAAUCUGGAAGAACUUAUGGAUGUUGCCAAAGCAUUCCAGGAUAAGAUGGAUCCAUUAACAGAAUGGAUAGAAAAGACAGAGAAGACUUUAUCAUCGCACGACCCUGUCGGUUCAACACCAGAAAAGAUUGAAGAACAGAUACAAGAUCACAAGGCAUUGGCUGAUGAGGUAGCCAAUCAGAAAGAACCUUUGGAUCAGUCUAUUUCAAUUGGCCAAUCACUGCGAGAUUUGGUUUGUGACGAGGACAGAGAGAUCUUGCAAGUCAAGAUGGAUCGCACACAAAUCAGAUAUGAUGAAAUUGCUGAGCGGUGUGCUAGACGAGAAAAAAUGCUUGCGCAAGCGCUGAAAAAUGUUGAAAGAUUUGGAGCGAAUGAACAAGAUCUCAUACAAUGGUUGGUGGAAACAAAUCAGCGGUUGGAUGCCAUGGAACCGAUAUCUUCCAUAUACGAGACCAUCGAACAACAACUAGGAGACCACACGAACCUGAAUGAUGAUGUUGUUAAUCACAAGUCGGAUGUAGAUGCAGCGAUAGAAGCUGGUCACGAACUCAUCAAGCACUGCACUGGUUCUGAGGUGCUCGCAGUGGAACAGAAACUUGACUCAAUAAAGGACCAAUACACAGACAUUUGCGUCAAGAGUGAUGACCGUAUGCAAGAGUUACAGCAAGCAAAGACCUACUCAAGUAGAUUUCACGAAGCCCAUCGUAUUUUGGUGGAGUGGCUGGACAAGGUGGAGGACGACGUAAAUAAAUUUGAUACCACCAUUCCAGCAGAAGAACAGAAGAUCAAACAUGAGAAACUACAAGCACUUGCAGGUGAGCACAAGCAAUAUAUAGACACCAUCAAUGAGGUCGGACCCAAGCUUAUGGACUUGGUAGAUGCCAAGGAAUCUGAGAGUUUGAAAGAAAAGAUAACAUUGGAUAACAAACGAUACAAUGGCAUCAACCAGAAAUUAAAGGAGAUUGAGUACAAACUGAUGGCCACAUUGGAAGGUGCUCAGAAGAUCACUGCUAGCCUUGAUGAAAUGGUAGUGUGGUUGGAGGACUUAGAACGAAUGUUGAAAAUUCUUUGCAAGGAACCAAUCGAUGUUGAGCCAGACGGCACCAAAAAACAACUCAAAACGAUGAAGUCUGCUGACCGAGAUGUCCAUUCCAAGGGAGAUAAGAUGAAAGACUACCUGUCUGCUGCUGAGAGGCUGAUGGAGGAGACAUCAGAUGAAGAAAGCAAAACUAAACUGAAAGAUAAAGUAGAUAUGAUGAAAUCCAAAUACGAUGAGCUGAAAUUGAUCAGCGGGGACAAAUUGGACCAGAUUGAGGAUGCAGUGCCACUAGCACUGCAGUUCAAAGAAACUCAUGAGGAAUUGACGGAUUGGUUGGAUAUGAUGGAGAAAGAACUCAAGAAUUUAGUGCCACCAGGUUUAGAAGCAGAGGAGAUCAGAAAGGAAGUUGAUAAGAAUAGGUUGCUAAAACAAGAGAUUGCUGAGAAGAAGCAAUUCAUCCAGAAACUGAACAAGACUGCCCCCAAGCUGAUGGAAUUGAGUCCUGGCGAGGGAGCAGAUUCUGUCAAAGAACGCACGGAUGAUGACAAUGCAAGAUACGAAAAGAUCAAGGAGAAAGUUCAGAAACGAGCAGAAAGACUUACCGAUGCCUUACAAAGAACCACAUCAUACCAUGAGGAUCUGGACAACAUGCUAGAACAACUUGGUAAGAUUGCCAACCAUCUGAUUAAUGCUGACCCUGUUGCAGCUGAUCCUGAAGUACUCAAGAAACAAAUCAAGAAACUACAGAAUCUUCGCAAUGAUGUUGAAGGACUAGUAGAUUCAGUGGAAGGAAUGAAGACGGCUGGUGAAGACAUGAUGGCAGGUGUGGAGAAUCUAGAGGAUCCAACAGUUAAAGAGUUGAAAGAUAAGCUCGAGCAACUCAAGGACACUUGGGACACCAUCAUUGACAAAGCCAAUGACCGUGGCAGUGCCUUGGAUGAUUGUCUUGAUGCCUCCGAGAGAUUCUGGGAUGAACUUCAGGGUGUCUCCAAUACAGUGAAAGAGACGCAAGAUACUCUGAAAUCACAAGAACCACCCGGUGUGCAAACAGAUGUCAUCAAAGAACAGCAAGAAGUCUUGCAGGCAAUUAAGGAAGAGAUUGAAGGCACUCAGGAUGAUGUGGAGAAUGUACGCCAGACUGGAGAAGAUCUGAUGAGACUAUGUGGUGAACCAGAUCGGCCGGAAGUGAAAAAGAAUAUUGAUGAGCUUGAUAAGGAAUGGGAUACUUUGAACGCUAUGUAUGAGGACCGAGAAGAAGCGCUAACUGACGCUUUUGAUGCUGCAUCCAAAUACCAUGAUGCAUUACAUGCCUUAUUGGAGUACAUCACUGAUGCCGAACAGAAGUUUGACACAUUUGCUCCUGUGGCAACAGAACCUGUGACAAUCAAGGAACAACUUGAAGAACUCAAGGAAUUUAAAGGAGAGCUGGAUCCACACCAAGUCGACGUUGAAGCCAUCAAUCAGCAAGGUAACCAGCUAAUGUCUAAAUUACCAGAUGACUGCAAACACAUAAUCAGAGGACCACUUGUGGAUCUCAACAGAAGAUGGGAUGGCCUUCAGGUCAAGACUGUUGAUAGAAAGCACAAACUUGAAGCAGCAAUGUUAGCUCUCGGCCAAUUAGAAGGUACAUUAGAUGAACUUCUUAACUGGUUGAAGGCAACUGAGAAAGCAUUGGAUGAGGCCAAGCAUGUGUAUGGUGAUCGCAAACUGAUUGAAGUGGAGCUUGCCAAACAUAAGGUUCUGCAGAAUGAUAUCUUAGCUCAUCAAGCGAGUGUUCGUCAAGUUAACACCGCAGGAAAGAAUUUUAUCGGAACAGAGGACGCUGAUCAAGCUGGCGCGAUGAAAUCUAAACUUGAUGAUUUGAAUGAGAGAUGGGAAGACGUGAUGAAGAGGAGUGAUGACAGACAGCGAGAACUAGAAGAUGCUCUUGAUGAGGCUUAUUCGUGGCAAGAAGGUGUUCUGACUAUGCUGAAAUGGAUGCAGAAAGUCACACACGACUUAGAAACUACCAAACCAACUGGUGGACUUCCAGAAACUGCUAAAGAGCAGCUCGAUCAACAUGUGAAUUUACAGAAAGACAUUGCCCGGAAAGAGCCUGAUGUGGAUUUCCUCAUUAAGAAGGGACACCAGCUUCUUGAAAAGAGUGACCCUGAAAGCCGUACCAGUGUAGAACACACUCUACACAACCUAGAAAGUAAAUGGCAAGGUAUACAGGAUAAGUCUCUCGAAAGAAAGCAAAAACUUGAAAUAGCUUUGAAGCAAGCUCAAGAGUUCCAUGACUCACUCCAGUCAUUCAUCUCCUGGCUGACAACAGUUGAGAAGACGUUGAAUAACAGCAAGGCACCAAGUACAAUCUUGGAAAAUGUCAACAAACAAAUAAAAGAACACGAAGAUUUCACUUACCAAGUCAAGGAUAAACAUGAAGCUAUAAAAGAACUCGACAGAGUUGGGACACAAUUAAAAUACUUCAGUCAGAAACAAGACGUUAUACUCAUAAAGAAUCUGCUGGUUAGUGUGCAGCAUAGAUGGGAGAAAGCCCUGUCACGAUGCGCUGACACAAGAAGACAACUGGAAGUAGGAAUGAAGAGAGCUAAACAGUUUGAUGACCAGUACCGUAGACUAUAUGGCUGGCUGGAAGAUUCUGAGAAGAUGUUGAUAGCUAACAAAUCAGUUGGCAGUGACCCGAAAGUAUUGAAGCAACAACUGGCACAACACAGGGAGUUCCAGAGAACUCUUGGCGCUAAGCAGCCGGUAUACGACAACAUCGUACGAACUGGACGUACUCUAAGAGAGAAAAGCAACCCAUUGGAUACAAAGAUCAUGAAUGGUAUGCUUAGAGAUCUCAAAGACAAAUGGGAUCUCAUUUGCGGCAAAUCUGUUGACAGGCAACACAAACUUGAAGAAGCACUAUUAUAUUCUGGCCAGUUUAAGGAUGCCUUACAAGCACUCCUUGACUGGUUGUACAGAGUAGAACCGACAUUAACAGAGGAGUCUCCAGUCCAUGGAGAUAUUGAUACAGUCCUGAACCUCACAGACGCCCACAAGCAAUUCCAGCGUGACUUGGGCAGUCGGAAGACAAGUGUUAAAUCUGUCAAUAAGUCUGCCAAAGAACUGAUGGAGACAUCCAGUGAUGACACUACACAACUGAAAGCCAAGCUCAAUGAGUUGCAACAGAAAUGGGAAAGAGUUUGUGGAUUGAGUGUCACUAAACUAGAUAGACUCGGGGACGCCAUGAAAGAGGCUGAAGCAUUCCACCAGGCUGUUCAUUCUUUACUUGAGUGGUUAGCUGAUGCGGAGCAAAGUCUUCGUUUCCAUGGACCCCUACCAGAAGAUGAGGAGAUUUUGACAGAACAAAUAGAAAACCAUAAGGACUUCAAGAAAUUGAUGGCUGCAGAGGAAUCCAGAUUGAAGGACACGAUUGCCAUGGGAAUGGCAAUUCUUAAAAAAUGCCAUCCUGAUGCAGAAACAGUCAUUAAACAUUGGAUUACAGUUCUUGAAGCAAGAUGGGCAGAGGUCCAGAACUGGUCUGAUCAACGUGAACAGAGACUUUUGGAUGCACUACAGCAGCUGAAGACCAAUGCUGAACUUCUUGAAGCUCUCAUGGCAUGGUUGGAAGGUGCUGAAGCUACCCUCAAAACACUAGAAGAGGAGCCUAUCCCUGAGGAACUUGAAGUUGUUGAGAAACUUCUUGAAGAACAUCGCGAGUUCCAGGGUGAGAUGUCGACAAAGCAGCCUGAUGUUGACAGAGUAAUCAAGCCGCAUAAGAGACGACGAUCAAUUAGUGAUGGUUCCCACACUGGUAUACCAGUUCUUGAUAGAUCUCGCCGUGGUCGUCAUCGUCAUCGCCGUCCAGCAAGCCGGGAACCUAGCCCUGGUCCAGAUGCCAGCAGGAAUCCUCGAGCCGCUGCUUUAUUCAACAAAUGGAAGCAUGUGUGGGUCAUGUCGCUUGACAGACAACGGAAACUACAAGAUGUCUAUGAUCGGCUCGCUGAGAUGCGCAUAAUGAAGAACUUCAACUUCAAUGAUUGGAGACGUCGCUACAUGAGAUGGAUGAACCACAAAAAGUCGCGUGUGAUGGAUUUCUUCCGUCGUAUUGAUUUAGAUCACGAUGGCAAGGUCACAAGACGUGAAUUUAUUGAAGGUGUUUUAUCAUCAAAAUUCCCUACAACACGUUUAGAAAUGAACGCUGUAGCGGACAUCUUUGAUCGUGAUGGUGACGGUUACAUUGACUACAAGGAAUUUAUCGCAGCAUUAAAACCAGAUAGUGAACGAGCCAAGCCUAUCACGGACCAAGAUAAGAUUCAGGAUGAGGUGAGGCGUCAGGUAUCAUUGUGUACCUGCACCAAACAAUUCCAGGUGAUGCAGAUAGGAGAGGGAAAGUACAGGUUUGGCGAUUCACAACGGUUACGAUUGGUGCGUAUUUUACGAAGUACCGUAAUGGUUCGUGUUGGUGGAGGAUGGAUGGCACUUGACGAGUUCUUGGUGAAAAAUGAUCCAUGUAGAGAGCGGAAGUACAAUGUCGCUGAAGUCCGGAAAAGAAUUUUACAAGAAGCUCGUGGUCGAACAAACAUUGAACUACGUGAGCGUUUCAUCUUAGCAGAAGGUGUGAGCCAAUCAAUGCAAGCAUUUAGGACGAGGAGUCCCGGAGUCUCGACAUCUGGCUCCAGUACGACCGGAAGCUCCCGAAGCAUGAGCGGACCUAUUAUGAAGAUUCGUGAAAAGAAGAAUAUAACUCGCCCAUGGCAAAGACAGUCACCCAUGUCUGUUCCAUCUGUUGUAAGUUCCACCAGUUCUGACGGUGUCAAAACAACACGAGAACGAAGACCUGAUGGUACAGUCAUCACUAAGACACAUCAUACUAAAGAAUGUCCAGCUGGUCCUCAUUCGCAUGACCACGGAAAUGUGCAUGGCCACAGUCAUGGACCUGACGUUUCCUGUAAAGUUGGCGGUCAACAUGUCCGCACAACAGCAGAUGUCAAGACUAAGACUGUUGGUGGCAUGACCCGGGGGGAAGUAACAUUUAGAACAGAAACUUUACAGACACGGACCAUCACCUUGCCAACUGUUGCUAGGACUACAUAUACUAGAGUCCCAAGAAAAGCAUCUCCAACUAAGACAACACAGGCUACACCAACCACACCCUCAUCAAAGGUGACAUCACCAACAAGAAUCCCUAGCCCAACAAAGAAGACACUAACAGCAAAACCUCCUACAAGAUCAACAAGCAGAGACUCUCUUUCUUCUGAUAAAGAUGGGUCAACUAGGGGGCUUUCUGUCUUUGACAGACUCUCAACCCCUCGCAAGACUCCCAGCAGGGCAUCAAGUCGGGAGUCAUUGUCAUCAGAUAAGGAUGGAUCAAUUAAAAAACCAAUAAGAAAAACCCCAAUAAGUGCUUUUGGGAGAAGUGCAAGUCGAGAGUCUCUGUCAUCAGAAAAGGACACUGCCCUCAAGAGGCCGUCGCCUCUGCGAAGGACAACACCUACAUCAACAGUCAGGAAAACUCCUAGUAGGAGUGCAAGUCGUGAAUCACUUGGGUCCGAAAAAGAUGCACCAAGUGCCACUAGACGUACACCACUGACGAGAAAAACUCCAAGUCGCACGUCAAGUCGAGACUCCUUAGCUAGUGAUAAAGACACUCCAGUGAAAUCUACAACGACGGCAGCGAAAAGAUUAACGACUCCGGGGUCACGAAUACCUACUACACCAUCAAGAGUACCAGCGCGAUCAAGUACAGCAACAAAGACCCCUACUACUAAGACUGCACCUAAAAAGGAAAUGGGCAAACCUAAACCCAAACCAAAAGCAGUGGAAACUGAUAAAACCGAAAGUGAUAAACCACCACAGACUGAAAAUGGCACUGGGUUACAGCAGAAUGGUGACAAGUCACCAGGACAGAUACCCAGCCCUGACAAAGUCAAUGGUGGGGAUCAAUAAAACCUAAAUGGACACAAAAUAUAAUAUGACAAGAAAUCUGACAUAUAUAUAUAUAUGUGAGAAUUAAUAUUGGACAUAACUACAUUUCACUGGAUUUACUUGUAUUGUGUACAUAAUAUGCAAAUUUAUGCAAAUUAACAAGCAGGAGAUUUUGGAAUUUGUAUAUAACGUGUAAUUUGCCAAAAGUCUUUUCUGUUUUUUUGUUUGUUUUGUUCAACUACCUAACAGUAAUAGUUCUGUAUACAUUUUGGACAAAUUAAGUAUACUAACACCAUAUUAGCAUUGAAAGAAAAAUAUAAUUUUGUUAGUAAAUGCUGCAAUUUUUUUUUUGUUCUGUUCAUGAAAUUUUUUAUUUUUUUUUUUAAGAUGAAAUAUUUGUCUAUUGUGAUAUUUGGAGAAUCAGGUUUCUAAAAGAUGUAAAUAAUCUUUUAAGAUGAGAAAAAAAAAAUUAUGGUUAUUGUUACCAUGAAGAUGGUAGAUAAUGUUUAAACUAAAUACAUCAGGACAAAAAAGCUUUUGAUAUGUUGUCAUCAGCUAAUUUCAAUGGAGAUUCAGUAUUUGAAUUAUAAAAGAGAGAGAGAAAAAAAAUCGAAACCGAGACGCAAUAAAUAAUUUGAGACUCAGCUUUUUAACAACAUAACUUUGUUGUGUCUCGGUUUCCUUAAUGUUGUAUUAUUACGUCGUCUGCUUGCCCCCCAAAAAAAUAAUAUUUUUGUUGCACCAUCCAUUAAUUUUUUAAUUUCAUGUUUUAUUCCAGUUUGAUGUAUAAUGAUUGUAAAUUGUAUCGUCGUAGUAUUGUUUUGUUUACCAUUGAUACUUCCGCUCCCUUAUCCAGGGACUGGGGGCUGGAACUAUAACUUGGUAAACAUGCAAAGUAGUUAAGUCAGUAAACCCAUAUCCCCAUUGAGAUUCAGUAAAUGAAGUUAAUCUUGAUACAGCCACGUAAACUUUUCACACACUUUCAGAUGUGGAAAAAAUCAACUAACAACAGUCUCUAGUUUCAAAGUGUUAAUUCCACAAGUAACAAUAUAUGAAUGUUCAUUUCUUGGUGCGAUUUGGUGCAGCCUAUUGUUUUAUGUAUGUUUAUUUACUGUGCCUGUAUUAAGACAAUAAUAGUUAAAACUAAUGUCAUUUCCAAAAUAUUCGUUUCUUUGUAAUAGGAACAAAUACUGUAUCUGUCUAGAACCUGUUAGUGAUGUAGGUCAACUCUGUAAUGAUUAGGUCUAUGUUGUCAAUAUCUUAUGUAUGUUGACAUAUGUCUGUUGACUUUUUGUUCACUUUUUUGGUGUGCAGUCUGCUAUCAGAAAUUUACAUUUUUAGUCAUGCAAUUUUCUUGGCUUCUCAUGAUAAAAAUAACUUUUUAUUUUGAUAAUUUUGAAAUGUUUAAUGAUGUAUACUACAUUACUAUUUUGAAGGGUAUGGGUCACUGAUAGUCAUAAAUUGUUGAAAAAUUUAGCGCCUAUUUAGUCAUUUGUAUGUUUUCCUCACCUCUAUUGAUAUGAGAACACACAGAUUUUAUUUCAUGCGCACCUGGGAAGCUUUGGGGUUAAAGGUAAAAAGUCAAAGUUCAUAUCAAAUUAAAAAUUUUGACGUUGAUGUUAUGAAUAUUAUGUAAUUGAUUUGUAAUGUCAUAACUGAAAGUAUUCUGGCUAUUUGUAGUCUGGAUAUUCUUCAGAUUAUGCAUAUUAAGCAUUGAAAAACUUUUUAUUUUGCAAUAAAUUAGCAAGUUCACUAUAU